AUGGAUGCCCAAGAUAACUUCGCCGAUAUCGUCAAUAAUUUCCCCGGACUCCCACCUUUCCCGGACGACGUCCCCAUUGCACCACUUCUUCGGCUAUCGUUAGGCAAGCUGUUGGCCGGUGAUAAAGCCGAGCUCGAACGGCUUUAUGAAGCAUCAGUGGAUAUUGGGUUCUUUUACCUUGAUCUCCAAGACUGUGAACAUGGGGAAUCGCUCCUCGGUGACGCAGAUGGUCUGUUCCAGGUUGGCGAAAGCCUCUUCAAAUUGAGUCUGGAAGAGAAGAAGAAGUACGACUUUAGUGCGCAGAACUCCUAUUUUGGGUACAAGGGUCAAGGGGUUGCCGUGGUUGAUAAGCAAGGAAACCUGGACAGAAAUGAAUUCUACAAUAUAUCCAAGGACGACAUCAUGGGAAUAAGCGAUCCGCUUCCAGCACCGGAAGUUUUGCACCAAAGCCGUGACCUGACAAAAUCCUUUAUGCAAGGCUCCCACGCAAUCGUUAGCCUAAUAUUGAAAAUCCUGAACGACAAGUUAUCCCUGCCUGAGGGGACACUGUCCAACCUCCAUCGACUCCAAGCCGUCAGCGGCGACCAAGUGCGCUUUAUCAAGGCGCCGCCCCAACCAGUAGAUGACCGCCGCACUGCACUAGGGCAGCAUACCGAUUUCGGCAGCGUGACAGUCCUCUUCAACCGCCUGGGAGGAUUACAGGUGCUUCCUCCCGGCGCUGAUGCAGAAUGGGUAUACGUUCGACCACUACCAGGCCAUGCGAUUGUCAAUCUCGGCGAUGCAAUGGUUAAAUUUACUAAUGGCCUGUUCCGAUCUAAUAUCCAUCGAGUUGCGGCACCACCGGGGAUUCAGGGGGAUUCUACAAGAUAUAGUUUGGUGUAUUUUGCGCGGCCGGAGGAUAAUGUUAUGCUGCGAAGACUAGAUGGGUCGGAGCUUAUUUCUCCUAUUGAGGACGACCAGGUCGAGGAAGAGAUUAAUAGCAAGGACUGGAUUAUUCGUCGGGCUUUGGGACGUCGUGUGGAUCUUGUCAAGGAUAUCGAUUAUGAGAAAUCUGCUGGGACAGAGCAGAUGAGCCGAAGGAUCAAGGUUUGA